CUUGACCGUCCGGUCGUUUUGGUAGAAGAUGAAAAAGCAGCUAUCUUCAAGGUCCUCGCGGCGGUCAACGUCAACAAAAUCAUUUUAAAUGUAACGCACAAGCACAACAACUACCCAGUAGAAAAAUAGGAGAGACGGUAUCAUCUACUACCAUCGAUCCCACCCAAACGAGAUGUUAAAGACGGCUUCAUCCCUUGUUCGCCCUCGACGAAGGUGGGACAGCUUCUUCGCGAGAAGUAGAACCUUCUGUCCGUCGCCACCAACCUCAAACCUUGUUCGGCCUUACUCUACUUCCACUACUACUUCAUCAAUAAAUUCUACUGCAAAUAACGGAACAACGGUGGAGGGAGGCAAGAAUGAGUUUCUGUUGGCUCGAUUCGCAUCAGCUAUUCCACUCAUUGCGACGUCUACGUCUUCGUCCGAUGGCAAAAGAACAGUCAAUGGUAGCGCUAGUCCACCUAGCGUAACACCUACGUGGAAGGCACCAGCUGAGCGAUUCUUUGCGAUGUGGCCGAAGUUAUGUACGACUUCAUGCUGGUUUUUUCCUCCUUAUCCCUAAAUAAUUAGAAUGUUGGUCGAUCUUGAUCACGAUCAGUCGCAUUUAAAAAAGUGUCCAACUACAUGGAUUUACGACGAUUUCAUUCUCUCCGCAUGUCACGAACGUUACAUGGCCUUCAUCAAAAAGGUGAAUCCAAAGGACUUGACACAAAGGCUCGUGAUUCGUGUUCGCAUUUCCAACGCUUUCCUCAAGUUCGCGAUUUUUUUUUUACUUUUCAGCUCUUCAUAAUAACUAAUGUUGAGAGUUUGCAGUUGAGGGCAUGUAGAGGAUGUAUCUAUUUUUUAGGAGGGUGUUUUUUAAAUUCUGGCGUUCUUGUGCAGCUAAAUUCUGGGACCGCGUAGAAUCAAUGCUGAAUUUCCUAACUUGCUCUUUCAUUCUCUCCGCAUGUCACGAACGUUACAUGGCCUUCAUCAAAAAGGUGAAUCCAAAGGACUUGACACAAGCGCACGUUUUUAUGAACGACGCAGCGGCAGCGGAACUGGUCGAGUAUUACUUGGCUCUAGCCCUUCUCUUAGAUCGCGAAGCGGUCGAGAAGGUGGCCACGGAUUCCGACGCAUUGCUGAAAUUAGCGGAGAAAGUUGCAAGGGAACAAGUGGAACCUGUGAUGAAGGAAGGUAUCAGAUCUUCUAUGUGACAGACAAUGUACUUAGUUGCUAUCUACAGCUACUACAAUCAUGUUGCUAUCUACAACUACUUAAUCUACGUUGUGACAAUCAUGUUGCUAUCUACAACUACUUAAUCUACGUUGUGACAAUCAUGUUGCUAUCUACAGCUACUUAAUCUACGUUGUGACAAUCACGUUGCUAUCUACAACUACUUAAUCUACGUUGUGACAAUCAUGUUGCUAUCUACAACUACUUAAUCUACGUUGUGACAAUCAUGUUGCUAUCUACACAAUCAUGUUGCUAUCUACAACUACUUACUACACAGAGUCCUACAUCAGUUGUACAGGUAAAAAUGGUAAAAACAGGUCCUAGGCAGCAGCUGCACUGAAGCUUUUUGAUUUUCAGCUUGAGCUUCUUGAAUGAAGAGUGACAUCAAGGAACACAUAUUGAAGAUGACUCUACCUCUGACGACCAACACCAUCUACCUUCAGCGCAAGAGCUAGCACUCGAAUAUGAUGAAGAGGCUCAUCGUGCACUAGAGGAUCUGACGAUUUGGCGUGAAAUCGAUGACGCUCUAUUCUGGCACAACUCCUUUCAGCGGUUUUCUGCGGAGAAAUAUUAUGAUGAGAAUCAGGUUCUCAUUCUUCAGAAUUUAAGUACAAGUACUCAAAAAUAACAACUUCUCAUGGGCAUUGCUAGAACUAGAAGAUGCGCGAUUGCGCUCCUAGUACGUUUUGAGAAGUCAGUGCAAGUACUGUUGCGAGCGCGCUGCUCUACUCGUGCCCUCGUCUAGUUCUACAACUAUUAAUCUAUCUUGUUCUAUCCCGUUGUUCCCGCCAGUCCCCCAGCGGCCCCAUUUUUCUCCUUCUUCAUAUCCCUUCCGAAUUUACAUCUGCAGUUCUCGGCAAGACGGCGAGUCAGCUGGAGAAAGUUCUGCAGUCACAGGGAAAGCCGCCAGCCCAUCUCAAAGAUAGCAACAGUGAAGACGAUUUGUUACUGAAAUUGGUCCCUAGUGCUCGCGUGCUUGUUGGCCUCGAUGCAGAUCCGAAUGCACCAUCUACAACAUCCGCAGGAAAAGAAGAAACUUCUGCCUCUUGGAUGUUCACUCCCGACGAACGUGCUCUGGCUACAGAGGUCUACAGUCAGUGGCUGAAUGCUGCAGGGAUGCCCGUGAGGGGGACGAUCAGGAACUGUUUGUUUUAAGGCUCCUGUCAAAAAUACUCUCUACUAAUAUGUAUCUAUCACUAGAAGCCUUCCAGGGCAGUUGGACGACAGACGGCGCCUAGUAGAAUAAACGGAUCCUAAACUAGAUGGCCGUAUUUUUGUUAGUCCUAUUCUAUAUACCUCUUCCAUUUUUCUAUCUUUCCUAGGUAGGUUGGAGGCUCCACCAGCACAAAUAUCACUAGAAGCUUCAGCAUCGUCAUCAUCAUCGUCAUGAAGAGUAGUGGGACUUGUAGUUACAAGAUGAAGCGUAAUGGAGGUAAAAAAAAAUAAUGCGAAGAUUGCGAACCCCCGUACCCGCUGGCGCUGCCUCGUUCUAGCUCUAACUCCUAGACCAUUCGCUGCUGCAUGGCGUCCCGAGAGCAUGGGAAGGCAUCAGUCCGAAUAUGAAGCAUCGCGAGGCGUUUACAGAGAAGAAGCGAAAAAAUGUGUCCGAGCAUUCGUUUGAUGAAAAGUGAUUUUGAUGAACAAGAUUACGUCUAGAUGGAGUACAAUUUGUUGAGAAAAUCUUCAGUCUGCGGACGAGCGCGAGUUGGAUGCAUUACAUCAUUUUUUGAGAGCAUACACUUACGAGGUCACGUCUGGCCUUAGUUUUGAAAACCACUGACUAGCGAAUUACUAUUACUUACACAGAAAGAAAAUAAACAAAAAUUUCAAUUCGAAUUUUUUGUAAAGAAGCCUACUAGACCUCCA